AGAUGAUGACGCCACGGUCACGCGUCGUUCAGCUGUUCGCUGGCGCGGGGUGAACACGUCAUCGCGCGCCCCAGCCGUUCACAGUCGCCGGAAGACUAAACUGAUCUCUCAAAAUUACAUAUUUAUCAGCAAUAUCAUCAAUGGACACAUGAAUCAAAUGGAGCAGUCUUUCAUUUCAGACAAGCAGUGUGUUUGUUGAGCAUCGGGCGAGUCAUGCAGCCCCUCAGAGAUGCGGAGCUGGGGGCCUCCACCUUCUUCGCUUCUCCUCUUCCUCAUGAUGUGUGCGGCAGCAAUGGGCUUCCUCUCACCCCCAACUCCAUCAAAAUCCUGGGACGCUUUCAGAUCCUCAAGACCAUCACCCAUCCCAGACUGUGCCAAUAUGUGGACAUCUCCAGAGGGAAGCAUGAACGUCUGGUUAUUGUAGCUGAGCACUAUGAAAAAAGCUUGAAGGACCUCCUGAAGCAAGGGAAACCUGUCAGUCCAGAGAAGGUGCUGCAGGUUGCCUAUGAAGUGCUGGAAGGCUUGGAGUUCAUGAAUAAACAUGGCAUGGUGCAUCGUGCUUUGUCUCCCAACAAUGUUCUCCUGGACUGUGAGGGUAAAGUGAAGCUGGCCAAAUUCGGCCUGUAUCAUAUGACCGACCACGGAGCAGAUGUUGACUUUCCUAUUGGGUAUCCAUCUUACCUGCCUCCAGAGGUUAUUGCUCAAGGCUGUUUCUAUUCCAGCGACCCCUCGAUCAUUGAGGCCCCGCUUCCUUCGGGGCCCAAAACAGACGUUUGGUCUCUCGGGGUGCUUCUGUUUGAACUCUGUGUGAUUCUACAGAACAUUAAUAUUAAUGAGAGAAUGAAGUUCAUCUUCACCUUAGGAUGCAUGGAUGACAUAAUCACUGUUCUUGGCGAGGAACACGGGUGCUUAGAUACAAUUAAGGAGCUGCCUGAAAAUGUGCAGGCUUUAUUGAGGAAAUGCCUGACGUUUCUCCCUCCAAAAAGGUUACCUACAGUAUUUAGCCCUUUAUCAUUUCUUUAUACACCCUUCCAGAGCCCUUGGCGUCUGUUUGCCGCCUCCCUGCGCUGUGCUCAUUUACAGCUUCCUGAGGACAUCAGUGAACUCUGGAAAGAUGAUGAAGAGAACUACCUGCAAGAGCGAGCCAUUGAUGAGGUGCAUCAUCUGUGGUGUUUGGCAGGAGGAGACCUGGAGAAAGAGCUGACCAAUCAAGAGAUCAUCCAGUCCAAACCUCCCAUCUGCACCCUUCCCAAGUUCAUUUUGGAGGAUGGCGAGUCUUUUGGUCAAGGCCGCGACAGAAGUUUCCUCCUUGAUGACACAACUGUGACUCUUUCUCUUUAUCAGCUAAAAAAUAGGCUAAAGUAUGUUGCAGGAAAGACGUAUUAUCAGUUAUUAGAAGAUGAGCAAUCCAGCCUGCCUCAGUCUAACAGCAGUAAUGAACUGUCUGCCACCGUCACACUGCCCCUCAUUAUCCGGGAGAGAGACACCGAGUACCAGCUCACCCGCAUUGUCCUCUUCGACAGACUGCUCAAGGCGUACCCCUACAAGAAGAACCAGAUCUGGAAGGAGGCGAGGGUUGAUAUUCCUCCUCUUCGUCUAGGAGUUGAGGGGGAUAUCCAAUCUAAAUAUGACGGCAUCGAUAAGGACACACCUAUCCCCUCUGAUAGACAGGUGAGAUUGGGAUUUUAUCGCUGUCACCAGUACGAUGAGCUGCUGUCGUCACCUCAGGGUCACAUCAAGUGUCGGCGGGUGCUCAAGGCCUGGGUGGUGUCUCAUCCUGAUCUGGUGUACUGGCAAGGCUUGGAUUCGCUUUGCGCACCUUUCCUCUAUCUAAAUUUCAGCAAUGAAGCUCUUGCAUAUGCAUGCAUGUCGGCCUUCAUUCCCAAAUAUCUGUACAAUUUCUUCCUGAAGGACAACUCGCAUGUGAUACAAGAAUAUCUGACCGUCUUCUCGCAGAUGAUUGCAUUCCACGACCCUGAGCUGAGCAACCACCUGAACGAGAUUGGAUUCAUACCUGACGUAAGUGUAAAUAUUUCAAAAACACAUGAGAUCACAUCGAAAUCAAAUCAAAAUGAUGUCAUUGGACCUCGUCCCAUCGUGCACAGCUCCUUGUUGCCUCUUAAUUUCGACUCCUCCGGGGCCGUGCUGUCAUGUUUAGCAGCGAUGUUACAGUUGUGGGGCUGUAUGAUUUUGUUAUGGUACUCUUUUUUUUUGUGCAUUUUUGUAGCUAUUCUACAGCAGCUGAGGGACCGCCUGCUGGCCAACGGCUUCAACGAGUGCAUACUGCUCUUCUCAGACCUGCCUGAGAUCGACAUUGAACGCUGUGUCCGGGAAUCCAUCAACCUCUUCUGUUGGACUCCUAAAAGUGCCACUUAUCGCCAGCAUGCCCAGCCAAACAAACUUGCCAGUGACAGCAACAGCUUCGGGAAAACACCUUCCUAUUACUCUUCAGAAUAUCAAGACCUGACCAAAACGGACCUGAGCCGCGAGCCACUCAAGCUGAGCGAGCUGAAAGCAGAAGUGUCUCCGCGUAUCUCUGUGGAAGACCUCAUUGACCUGUGUGAGCUCAGUGGACCGGCUUGCUUUAAAACUGCUGUCAAGAGGGCCAGGACUGUGAAACCUAAGAUUCUGGCAGUGGACAUUCGGAGCCUUGAAGACUUCAGUCGAGGUCACAUCCCAGGCAGCAUUAACAUCCCGUACACCUCCACGUUUGGGCCGGAGGGGGAGCUGCUCCAGUGUCCCGCCACCAGCACAUUGGCUGGACACAGAUUCCGUGUCAUUGUGAUCCUCAGCAGUAUCAUGAAGAAUGCGACCACGUUUGCAGCUCACCUUGUGAAGGUAAAUUUCCCUCGCGUUUGUGUCUUGGAUGGUGGCAUGAACAAGAUGAAGUCCACUGGGCUGUUAACCGUCCCAUCCCCGCAGAUAUAAUUGGAUGUGCUUCUGUUAAAAGGGAAACUUUGUAAACUUUUUACAUGGUGCAAAAAGCGAAUACAUUUCUCAGCUAAUACAGUUUUCUUCUAAACUAUGUCAAGAGUUCUUUAAAGGCAUUAUGCAUGUCAGCGCUGAAAAGUUUGAACUUGAAAAUGAGUAACAAAACUAAAAACAGACUUUUGGGACCAAACAAAUCAACAAAAAUAAAGGUUUUUUUUACAAUA